AGAGGAGGAAAGGAAAAAAGAAUCUUAGGAAACGAUUGAUUGAUUGAUUGGUUGGUGAGAGGAUCACCCUGGAAUCACAAAUAGAACAAGAAAAUAAUCGAUGGCGACUUCGAAGCUUCAAGCUCUCUGGAAUCACCCUGCCGGUCCUAAAACCAUUCAUUUUUGGGCGCCAACGUUCAAGUGGGGUAUCAGCAUAGCCAACAUUGCAGACUUUGCCAAACCUACUGACAAAAUCUCUUACCCUCAACAGCUUGCUGUUACAUGCACUGGAGUUAUCUGGUCUCGUUACAGCAUGGUUAUCACUCCUAAAAACUGGAACCUCUUUAGCGUUAAUGUUGCUAUGGCCGGGACUGGCAUUUACCAGCUUUCUCGUAAAAUCAAAAACGAUUUUGCAUCUGAAGCCGAGCCUGUUGUUGCCAAAGAAUGAUUAUGACGAAGAAGAUGAAGACAUCAAAACGAAGCUGGAUACCAUCUUGCUUGUGAUUCUUGUGUGUUAUUUGUUCAAUUGAUAAAAGAAGCUCAGAAGAAGCUCCAUUCAUAAUGCUACUUUUAUAGCACAUCAUACCUUCUCCAAAGUGAAACAAAAAUGUGUUAUCAGACCAGGAAAAAAACAGAAACAAGAAUUCUAAAUGAAAUUAUGCAUAUUCAAUUCGUAGUUAA